AUGCACGAGAACGUACUGUCGCGAAAAAUUGAAACUACUACACCAUAUAUGAGCAUGAAUAUGCAUUUCAAUAUGACCAAAGGUAGCUAUUUCACUCAAAUAUACAAGAACGAUCUAGUAAACGAUCACACAGAACAAAAAGUGAGCAGUUCAGAUGGAUCAGGUAAUAACUUAAAUCGCUAUAGGUCAUACGAUUUUAAACCCUUACAUGCGGAAAAUACCUCAAAACGAUUCUCAAUGAAUGAACAAACAGCUUUCGAUAUAGCUCCAAACAUAAUAAAAUCUGGUUUUAUGGAUACAACGAACCGCGGUUAUGCAGCAAAAAAUUUCAUUUCACCGUUUUCAAAGAAACCUGCUGGUGUGGGACAAAAUAGCUUUACUAGUUUUGUUAGCGAUCAAUAUGAUGUCAUGAGGACUCAAACAAGUCAUACGAAACGAGCGGAUAGUUUUAACUGUAAAUUAUCGAUGACAACAAUUCCACUUAGAAUUUCUAAUGAACAUAGUAGAAGUGGACGUUAUAACUCACAAGACUGGAUUGUAUCUGGGCACGAGUACAUGAAACGUCUUCUUCAAGCUCAUCAGGUCGUUGAUGAGCUGCUCAAAGCGCGGGGUUUAAUAUCCAACAAUGAAGUCGAUUAUUUGUAUAGUUGGGAUCAAAAAAUGAAUCGAGAGCCAAAAACUAAGGAACAAAAUAUACUGGAUGUUUAUGGUCCAGUUGCAUGCAAAAACGCUGGAGGUUUGGAUAUUUCAGGGGUUUCUCAACUGCGUUCUACAUCAAUGUCAUUGGGUGGCGAUUCAGAAAAUGAUUCAAGAGAUAGCCCAAAACUACAAGAACGAAAUUCACAAAACUUCAUGUUUACAGUACUAACAUCUGAAAAGCAGGGAACAGGUUCCAUAGAAUCGGUAAAAGUUAAUAUCGUAAAAACAAAAGAACAUAUGGACGUAUAUUUGAAACUGAUAAUCAAGAAGCCACAGCAUUGUUGGCUCUAUAUGGACGUGAAAAUAAGGCUUAAGAAAAAAGAAGCAGUAAGCGAAAAAACACACGGCAGUGCAACAACAGAUUCAAAGAAAGGUUGUAAUAAAGGAUGGAAAAUGGUUGAUGACCAAACGCAGCAAACUAAAAACAGAAAUCAAGUCCAUAUAUCCGCAAAGUCAAGUGAGAUAAAUUCCUGCAAUCAAAAUAAAAGACUAAAUUGGGAUCACAAAAUGGCACUCGAACAAUCGGCAUCAACUCGAGUUCAAAAAUUAAGUACCACAAAAUCUACUGAGCGACAAAUGGGCAAGAAGCAUAACGCCUUUCUUUCGAAACCGAAAUGUGAGACUGUAGAUGUAUGCUGCUGUUUCGUUAAUAAACAUUGUUGUCCUCAUAAAGCGAUAAUCUCCUUAUCAGUGGCACGCUGCGCAACUGUUAAACAGAAAAAUAUUACUGUCGAUGGCAAGGAGUUUUUGAAUAAGGCAGAAAAGGAAACGAAAUUAAAAUGUAACGAAGGUGAUUCGGUGGGUACUUUCUUGGUUGCAAAGACUGCGAAGCUACCGUUUCAUCUCAAUAUGUUGCAGAAUAUGGAAAAGAACAAAAUUAUAGCAGCACAGAAAGGAGACAAAGUGAUCGAGAGCAAUGGAAAUAUGAUGGAAGUUGAAAAAGAUAUCCUAGAUCUUAGCAAAACCAAAAAACAUUUCAAAUUUCCAAUUCCGACAAAGGCCUCUAGAAAGAAAUUGAAGGGACUGGAAGGAAGCACUACUUUAUUUUCAGUAUUACAUACAAAAAAAUUAGCAUCAGAUCAAACACGAGAAACUUCUGCUAGUAGUAAACAGGCAACUGUCUCAAAAAAUCUGUGUUUACAGUCAAAAUUACCGCAGUUAGAAACAGCAGUGAGAGUGCCAGUGAGAUCACACAAAAUAAGCAUUACUAAACAAGUGGUGGUUAAGCAGAUAACAGAUAGUAUGAAACAUCAGCAUGAGAUACUGAUGAAAGUGAACAAGCCAUCAGUAUUGAAAAAAAAGGAGUGUUUUGAAGUGGAGAAAGCUCAGAAAGCGCUACAAAAUUACACCACAACUAAGGGCUACCAAGAAAUCCUCCGAUCGAUCACUAAAAGUGAAAGCAAUGUGAUAACAGAGUUUGAGCACAAUGCAGAUACGGAUAUACGUCGAGCACGAGAACAUCUGAAACGUAUUAAUUUUGAUAGAACUGGUGUAAGUAUGGAAUCAAGUACAUCCUUCGUACACAGGAUCAAUAACGACCCAUUGAAUUCGGAACAAAGUUUCUCAGCUUUAUCAGUGGUAAAAAAAAAAGAGGAAAAGGUUUUUGAAACAAAAAUAGACAAGGACUCAAAGAAUCGACCAAUACAGACGCCUAAGCCCACUACGUCUACCGAGCAAGAAAGAUAUCAUGAUGGCGGAACAACUACAGAACGAAACAGCGAUAUUUUAGACAAAGAAUUAAUUAAUGCAUACAGACGCACUCAACGUAUUCCCAAACCUCAGGCAAAAAUUCCAGCUUGGAAUGAUUAUGAUGAACAAAAGCAAACAACAGAUAACAAGCGCAAUCCACCAAAACUACGCCAUGGAACUCUGUCCACGGCAUCACCAUUACCCUGCUUCAUUCGUGCUCGUACGCCAACACUUAUAGAUGCUGCUGUCACCUUAUCUACAGUCAUUCCUACUACUGCUGUAUUGCGUCACGUUCCUUCAAAUCACUUACCAGCUGUGAACUCUCGACUUAAAAAUGUUUCGUCAAGCGGUAGUAGCAUAACCACCACGGGCAGUUUGCAGCAACACUCGCCGAGCAGUCAGUUUGGUGUUACGUUGAAACGUGUCGAUCGCGCUAUAGUGAAGAAAAGCAAGUCACGUGGUGCUAUAACACAGUCAGCACCAAAGAAACCUUGGGUACCAAAGUGGCGUCGGAUACAACGCACAGAAGAAGAGGAGGAAACAGAAACGAUACCAAUCAUUGAAGUAAAUAAGGACGAACACAGAAGUGAUAGUGAUGAAGAACAGAAGCAAAUACCCAUACGGUUUUCAUCGCAGGCUAUCACUGAGGAAAAUGGAAGAGAUAUGACCGAAGCUGAGAAAGCCAUGAUGGUGGCAAAAAGGCGCCAGAUAGAAGAGGAAAGUACAAAGCUACAAAAGUAUGAGGAAAAACGUCAAGUCGAACGAGAACGGGAAGAAGAGGAACUGAGGAAGUUGAAGGAAAAGAAGGAGCGAAGAAAACUAGAAAGAGAAGAGGAGGAGCGACAGCUUCAGGAAAGACUUACGCAAAAAGAAAGAAAAAGAAAGCAGGAAGAGGAGGAGCGCAAAGCUAAAAUAGAAGCAGAGAAACUUAAAAAGGACAAUGAAAGACGGAAGCGCCAACAAAUGUUAUCAUCACAGUUUACGAAUAUGGCUCUGGGACAAAUUAGACGUAAUUUUGUUCUCCCUGAAAAAUCAGACAGGACUGAUAAAUUCGGUAACAUCGUCCAGGCCAAACAGGAAAUGAGUAUGACCAAAGAGCAACAAGAAGAAGCAAAGCGUAAUUAUUUGGUGUAUGUGAAACAUACCAUGGAAUUUGGAAAAAAUGGGCCAAAAGAGUUACGUGAAAAAAUACGGCAAAUACACCAGCGCAUUUGUAAGCUGGAGGCUGAUAAAUAUGAUUUGGAAAAGCGACAUGAACGUCAAGAAUAUGACUUGCGUGAGUUGAACGAACGCCAACGUCAAGUGGCACGUAAUAAAGCAUUUAAGAAAGGACUACACCCAGCCGAUACAAAUUCUAUACAUCCGCCAAAGGUGUCGAUAAUAAGCAAAUACGACCGGCAAAUCGACCGAAGAAAUUUCAGAGAGCGCAGGGCUAUGUUUGAGAAUAAAACUGCAUACCCGUGUUUUCCGAAUGUCCUACCACCACCAACUCUUUACGAGAAAAUAAUUCUCUGCGACGACAAACCGGAUGAGCCAGAAGAUGAGGAUGAUGAAGUCGAUGAAGAAGAAGAAGAAGGAGACGAAGAGGAAGAAUGA